AUGGUGGAGCGCGAGGCGUCGGAGCUCCUACAGGAGCUGGGCGGGCGAGAUGGUUUGCCACGGCAAGAGAUGGAGGACACCCUGCGGUUGCUUCUCUUCCGUCGCUUUGGAGCUGUGGGCGAGGAGGCAGACUGGGCAGGAGUCUCCGCGAAAGCCAUUGACGAGCUAUCAGAGGAGGCGCCAGCUCCCCAUCAGGCUGUCCGCUGUGCCGCAGCGGCCUUCAUGAAGUGCCCCGUGGGCAAGGAGGCCGCAUCCGCACUUGUGGUCCUUGCAGAGGAGGGUUGGGAGAAGGCGGCGGGGCGCUUGAUCAAGGCGGCGCCGCCAAUGGCUGCUCUGGGCGAGUGGCUUGCUUGGGAGGAGGUCUUCGCUGCUGAGGUGGGCGACUUGCGCGCCUUCCUGCGUCGGGAAGCGCCAGCAUUGGGAAUCUUCGCCUUCGAGGUAGAGGGCGACUUCAUCAAACUGGAUGCAGCAUCUGGAACCGCGGAGGCCUUCGGUUCCGCCUUGGCGGCGCAAGAUGCCGUGAGGGCAGCGGAGGCCAUGCUGGCGCUGGUUCACAGCUGCGGCGGCCUGCGAUCCGGUCCACUGCAGGCACUACAGCCAACACUCCAUCAAGCAUCGCAGUCAUUGCACGAGGCUUAUCCAGAGUUGAUGGCGCAGCUCCUGAAGCAGUUGCCCAGGCCCUUUCGGGAAAGCCCCGAGGUCCUGCGAGCAGUCUUGGAGCCCCUUUCAGAAGCGGACCUCCAACGCUUUGCAGAGGCCGCGCCGCUGUUGGCGGACAGGGCGGCGAUUCUUGGUGCCGUGAAGGCGCGUUUCCUUCUGCGCCGCGCCACCGACCGCCUGGCGAAGGCCACGCAGGCGCCGUCGUUCCGGUGGAAGCUAAACCGUCCUGCUUGGGUGCCAUGCAAGAGUCUUUUGUCUGAUGGUUUCAGUUUUGAAAGUCCUUCCUCUACCUCGGAAGCUCCCCUUCAGCCCUUCGUGGAUUACGUGGAUUCCAAUCCGAAGAAUCGGAGAACCACGCGGAAUCCCUUGCGGAACAUUGCAGAGUUUUUCGAUCUCCCUCGCCAUCUGUUGCAGUUAUUUAUAGCAGACUGCGUCGGCGGAGGCCUCUGCUGCCCCCCGAGAGCAGAAGCCGGCGGCCCGCGCAGCAUCACGCACGACUCCUUCUACAGGUUCGGAGAGGCACCGGAGCAGCAGAGUCGGUUUUUUCCUGCAUAG